UGACAUGCUCUGGCAUUUACACAGCAUGGGCUUGUAUCGCAGCCUCAGAAUGUCUCAUCCGCUCUCACCUAAACGUUGACGGCGGAAAUGGAUGCGCGUUUAGCAUGUUUGAUGCGUUAAAACCAAGAGUUUCCAGGAUUCUCAUGCGGAUUAAAUCUUUGUUUUGAACAGGAUACGUUUGGAGAUCUAAAGUGGACACGGAGUCGAUGCGGAGAUGCACUGUAAAUUAACUCUUAUUGCAUAACUCAGCCACUGAGGAAGCAUUACCAUGCAGGGAUACACAUGGAGUUCAAAUCAGCAUCCAUCAACAAGAUACCAAGAUCAGCCUCCACCUCAAUACCAAGAACGACUUCCUCCUCAGUACCAAGAAUGGCCUCCACCUCAGUACCAAGAACAAUUCCCACCUAAGUACCAUGCUGUCAGGAAUGAUCAAUCCAAUGCGUUCCAGGUACAGCUCAUCCCCCAACUUCAAACCACAUUACAGACAAGAUAUUCCAAUGGACAACAAGAGGCUGCAAAUCAGUGGAGCACUUGCUCAGGCAGUGCGGACUCUUCUGCUUUUCAACCAAAUUCAGAUGGAUAUAAUUGGUUGAAACGGACAAACCAGAUCAAACCCCAAUACCCAUUUGCAGCCUCCAACACACAGCAGCACUACCCAUCUGACGACCCCAAUGCAUAUAGGUAUCAUGCCCAGUUCAUGCAAUGGCAUGAUUCCUCCCCACAGAACUACAGAAACACAGGUUGUAGCCAAGCUCAAAUGUACCAUGGCAGCUCUGUGGGUAACAGCAGGGGUUGGAGUUUCCACAUUUCCAACAAUGGCAGCUCUUGUUCCAUGAACAAUCAGCAACAACUUCAGCCUCCUAGAAUGGCUCCUCUUCAUCAUCACCAGCAACAACAAGAGUUCUCUAGACAAUAUACAGGCAAAAAACGAAGACGCCACACACAAUACUCUUCUCGGGCCCAUAACAGUGGAGUCUCCCAAAAAAAUCCUAACAAUCAAGCUCAGAGCAGAACUGAGGCCAAUCAUACCUCAUGCAACUCUACGACACCACCUUCUGGAGCACAGAGCAAUGUUUCAUUACCUUCCAGUAUGGUGAACCAAAGUCCUGUUAACCAGAAACAGUCAGAACUGGGGUCAAAUGCAGGUCCAAAUGUAUCUGCGACCCAGUCUCAGAAUAAUCAAAAUGCUGCACAUCAGUCUCAGGGCACAAGCAGUGAGACAUAUAACACUAAUCCGACUUCUCAAAUGACACAGACCAGUGAAGCCCAGCUUCAGCCCCAAUCUAGAACUGAUUUUAACUUGUCAGCUUAUGCUGACUCAAUAAUAUAUAGAUUACUGUGUUCAAAUGACAAUGAACAAGCAAAUAAGCAGCAAUCAGAUGAAAGAAUUACUCAUCAGAACACUCGUCCAGAACAGUCGGAGGUUUGUGCAACCAAAAGGACUGACAAUCACUCAAAGGAACCUUUUUCUGAACCAAGAGAACAGUGUACAGUUGAACCACCCAGUAAAAGAAUGAAGUAUGUUGUGUUUCAGAGAGACUGUCGGAACAAAGAAACAAUAGUGUCCAAAGACAUAAGUAAUUUUGGGGUGCUAUCUGCCCAACCUGGUACCCAUCAGACAAGUAGCAAUGAGAACAGACUUAAAGGAAUGAGCCAACACAACAUACAGUACAGUACGGACGCAGCAGACUGUCUUGAAGUGGUCUUUGCACUACAGAAAGCUGCUCAGCAAACUCACAAGGCCAUUGCCAUCGUUCCACCUAUUUACCAGCAGAUCUCAAACGCUGCACCAAUGGCUGAUACCAGCCCAAAAAAAGCUGACAGUCCACUGUUAAAGAUUGAUUCUGUUUGGUCACUUGUUGAAGAAUCUAACGAACAAAAAACUGUAAAUGACAAGCUGUCUGAAUCCACCUCACAAAUGGCUCAACAGGACAACAAAAGCCUUGAAAAUGCAACUGCAAGCAACAUGGCAGACCCCGAUACAUGCUCUGCUAGCCCAGUUGAAUGUCAAAAUUAUGUGCAGCAAAGUGACUGUGAUUCAGAUGAUCCUUCAUUUGACUUGUCCAGUGUGCCAGUGAUUGAGUACACACUAGAGAAACUGAUGGAGUUAGUGAAGUCUAUAGAGAUGAAAGAGUUAUCGGCCGGAUAUCCUGAGAAAUCUCAGAGCAUUUUAGAAAGGAUCUUAAAACUCUACUGGAAUGGGAAAGCUUCCAAUAUGUUGGAGCCUUUGAAAUCAUUUAGAGAGGCACUGCAAUUAUCCAUAGAAUAUGCAAAGGAUUAUGGGUCUGUGGUAUUUAAAAGCAUCGAAACUGAAAACCUGAAGAAGCUAGCUCAUUGCGACAUUCUCAAACAUGAGACGUAUUCAUGGUCAGAGGAGUUCAGAUCUUCUUGGUUAAAUGUUGAUGGACAGCCAGCUGAUAUUGAAAAGGUGCUUUCAGAACCACUGUUGGAUGACAUAACUGUGUUCAAGGCAACAUCACAGUCCUUUUCAGAUAACGCUGUUGUCACUUCAGCCAGUUUAGGUGUGAAUUCCCUCACAGACAUGCCUGAGGUUUCAUCCAAGGAGAAAAGUGUAAAUCCAGACACGUGCAGUCCAACAGAUCUUUUCAUGCAAAUGGCAGGAAAUGACAGGGGGGAAGUGGCUGCGGAAAACAAUGGGCAUUCAUAUGUAGUGCUCAGAAAAGAAAGUGAGAAAGAGACAUUCAAGAAGCAAGAGGACAUCAAUCAAAACCAAAUUUUUAACAUAGAGCCUUCAGACAUCACACCUUUAGCUGAAAGGUCUACAGAGAGACUUACAGACCUCAGCAAUGCAAAAGAAGUAUUCAGACAAGAUUAUGAGCAAACACCUGAUAAUGUAUCCGAUUCACUUUCUCUGAGUCCUGGAGACAGUGUUUCAGAUGGUGUAAAAAACUCUGUUGUGUCUUUCUCUACUGAGACUCAUUGUAGCUCCAUGGAUACAUGGCAGGUAGAAGAUAUUUCUGAUGAUGAAAAUACAGGCAGUAAAGAGGCUCUGAAUAACUCCUCAGACACCUGGCUGCUAGAAGAUAUUUCUGAUGAUGAAAAUACAGGCAGUAAAGAGGCUCUGAAUAACUCCUCAGACACCUGGCUGCUAGAAGAUAUUUCUGAUGAUGAAAAUACAGGCAGUAAAGAGGCUCUGAAUAACUCCUCAGACACCUGGCUUGUAGAAGAUAUUUCUGAUGAUGAAAAUACAGGCAACAAGGAAGCUCUUAAUAACACCUCAGACACCUGGCUUGUAGAAGAUAUUUCUGAUGAUGAAAAUACAGGCAACAAGGAAGCUCUUAAUAACACCUCAGACACCUGGCUUGUAGAAGAUAUUUCUGAUGAUGAAAAUACAGGCAAUAAAGAGGCUCUGAAUAACUCCUCAGACACCUGGCUUGUAGAGGAUAUUUCUGAUGAUGAAAAUUCUGGAAAUAAGGAUGUUCUUCUUAAUUCCUCAAACACCUGGCAAGUGGAAAACAUCUCUGAUAAUGAGAAUCCAGGCAAUAUGGACACUCCUAGUAACUCCGCAGACAUAUGUGCGGUGGAAAAUGAAUCUACUGAUGAAAAUUCAAGCGAUGAUUCCUUGUUUAUGGGAAUCACGGUGCUAUCAUCUGAAGAUGCUAAAACAUUUUUCCAACAUAUUGAAAAGGAUCCUGAAUGUACCAUCAAAACCAAAUCCCAAUCCAAAUUGGAGAGCCCAGAUCUUGUAGCAUGCUUUGAUGCACCCAGUCAACUUAACCAGGAGUACAACAAAGCACAUACUUGCUCUCGCUGUGGUACCCAAAUAGUGAAAUCCAAUUCCACUAAUGUGACAAAGAUGGACAGUGAUGCAGAUCUUUUCUGCCUCCAGUGUUGGGAACAGGCACCAUUGUUUGAGCUAGAAGAGGAGCCAUGCUCUCCAAUGACAGAUGAGGUCAAUCUUCUGGGCUAUGCUGCUAAAUCAAAUGAACUGGGUCAAAAUGAUAGUCUGCCAUGUCUUAAGUUGGAAGUCAAUGAGCCAAAUGUGGCUUCAACAAAGGAAUUCAUUGCAUAUGAAGGACUGAAAGGACAAAAAAAUGGUUGUCUUUUAACAUCAGACCCGGGGGGAAAUUGUAGUCCACCAUGUCUUAAAAUAGAAGUCAAGGAGCUAACUGUUGCACCAAAUGAUGAAUGCAUUGCGAAUGAAGGACUGGCAGGACAAAAGAGUGUGUUCUUGGUAAAAUCAGAACAGGGACACAAUUGUAGUCUGCCAUCUCUUGAACUGAAAGUCAAGAAGCCAAAUGUUGCUCCACUGGAGGCAUGCAUUGCAGAGGAAGGACUGAUGGGACAAAAAAGAGGCAGUAUGGUAAAAUCAGAACUGGUAAAAAGCUGUUGUCCACCAUCUCUUGAACUAGAAAUCAAGGAGCCAACAGUUGCUUCAACAAUGGAAUGCAUUGCAGAUGAAGGACAAAAAAGUGACAGUAUAAUACAAUCAGAACUGAGACAAAAUUGUAGUCUGCCAUCUCUUGAACUAGAAGUCGAAAUGCCAAAAGUUUCUUCUCCGGAGGAAUGCAUUGCAGAUGAAGGACUGAAAGGACCAAAAAGAGACAGUAUGGCAAAAUCAAAAAUGAGACAAAAUCGUUGUUCACCAUCUCUUGAACUAGAAGUCAAGGAGCCAACUGUUACUUCAGCAGAGGACUGCAUUGCAGAUAAAGGACUGACAAGACAAAAAAUUGACAGUAUGGUCAAAUCGGUGACUGAGACAAUGUCUGAAAAUCAGGGGUCAGCUGAACGGGAGCUAACCAAGAUUCAACCAAAUAAGCAGAAAAAUGAAAAAAAUGAGAAAAUUAGAGUACCCAAGCCCCAAUCUUUCACGCAAUGCAGAAAAUCAUUUUCAAAGAAAACUGCAUUUUCCAAGCAUAAGCUAAAAUCUGGUAGCACUAGUACUGGUUCUGAUGAUUCUGUGCUUUUCGCUCCAGAUAUUAUAGUUAAAAUGAACUGGCCACAAAAGCAAAAUCAACCUCGUGUAUCUGCAAACAAACGCUGUAGUGGUGAGAGUCAGAACUGCAGUAAGGUGAAAAAAUGUAAAGAACACAGGCAAGGAAGACGAGAUAAUCAUGACAGAACCUCAACAAAACAUAGAGAAAACCUACAGAAAGUGACAGAGAAAGUGUCUGGUCAAGCAAGUGACACACCACCCCACGGAUCAGAAAAGAAGCUGGACCUACAUGGUAUUCUGUCAGUGAAUAAAAUGAAAAGAACUGAACCAAAAACAGUGAGAUUUGAUUUAUAUGGGUCCAAAACAGAAAAACAGUACUAUCCCCGAGAGCGGCAUUUUACUGCUCCUGCUACCUUAACAGUCUCUGAUUGCAAAGACUAUACCGAUGUGCUUUCUGCUAAACAAAAAGUUCACAACCAAUGGAGUAGCACCUUUAUACCUAAAACAAAGAAGACUUGUCCUCCCAGGUCACCACAGGAGAGUGGACCACAGAAGAAAAAAACACAGAAACCUCAGGAUCUCUUAAAGUCAAAUAUGAGUGCAUUAAGAAAUCAUUUGACUCACAGAGCCAAGCUAUUAUCCAGUAGUGACAUAGAGACAAGUCACUUGAGAAAACCAUAUUUUCAUCAAAAGCUUACGAAAACACUAAGCAGCUAACCUGUGUCUAAG